CCAACGAGAGCAGCUCCACCUAACGGGAAGCAACGACGUCUGCUUAAUCUUUCAUUGGGGAAAAAGGGUUGAAAGGCGAGACGAAAACGUACAAAAUCGUCCCCGCCCCCAGCCAAAAUGAUCCACAGCCUGUUCCUCAUCAACUCCUCGGGGGACAUUUUCCUGGAGAAGCACUGGAAGAGCGUGGUCAGCCGCUCCGUGUGCGACUACUUCUUCGAGGCCCAGGAACGAGCCACCGAACCGGAGAACGUCCCUCCGGUGAUCCCCACGCCGCACCACUACCUGAUCAGUGUGCUCAGGCAUCGGAUCUACUUUGUGGCCGUCAUCCAGAGCGAGGUUCCGCCGCUGUUCGUCAUCGAGUUCCUGCACAGAGUCGUCGACACCUUCCAGGAUUAUUUUGGAGUGUGUACAGAGGCUGCGAUUAAGGACAACGUGGUCGUGGUGUAUGAACUCCUGGAGGAGAUGCUGGAUAACGGCUUCCCGCUGGCCACAGAGUCCAACAUCCUCAAAGAGCUCAUCAAGCCCCCCACCAUCCUCCGCACAAUGGUCAACACCAUCACAGGCAGCACUAACGUCGGAGAGCAGCUCCCCACAGGCCAGCUGUCGGUGGUGCCAUGGCGACGCACCGGAGUCAAAUACACCAACAACGAGGCCUACUUUGACGUGGUGGAGGAGAUCGAUGCUAUCAUCGAUAAAUCAGGCUCCACCAUUACAGCAGAAAUUCAGGGAGUUAUCGAUGCCUGUGUGAAACUGACAGGCAUGCCCGACCUCACGCUGUCAUUCAUGAAUCCUCGGCUGCUGGAUGACGUCAGCUUUCACCCGUGUGUUCGGUUCAAGCGUUGGGAAGCUGAGCGCAUCCUCUCCUUCAUCCCCCCCGAUGGAAACUUCCGGCUGCUCUCGUACCACGUCAGCUCCCAGAACCUGGUGGCCAUCCCGGUGUACGUGAAGCACAACAUCAGCUUCAGAGAGGGCAGCUCUCAGGGCCGCUUCGACCUGACUCUGGGCCCCAAGCAGACCAUGGGCAAGUCGGUGGAGGCGGUGCUCGUCACCAGCCAGCUGCCCCGCGGCGUCCUGACCGCAAACCUCAACCCCUCCCAGGGAACAUACACCUUCGACCCCGUCACCAAGAUGUUGUCAUGGGAUGUUGGAAAGAUCAACCCACAGAAGCUCCCCAGCCUGAAGGGCACCAUGAGUCUGCAGGCCGGGGCCUCCAAACCCGACGAGAACCCCACCAUCAACAUCCAGCUGAAGAUCCAACAGAUGGCCAUCUCAGGGCUGAAGGUGAACCGACUGGACAUGUACGGUGAGAAGUACAAACCCUUCAAAGGCAUCAAAUACAUGACGAAGGCUGGCAAGUUCCAGGUGCGGACAUGAAGACUGCUGCUCUUUGACUACUGGACCAAACCACCUGGAGACUGACGGGGGGGUGUGAUGGGGGAGUUGGUACAUUCCCUGUGUAUAUGCAUUUCAGGAUUUGACAGAUGGGAGGCUCCAUGUAGCAGCUAAGAUGGACCGUUGCUCAAAGUCUGUUGAAGUGAAAGUGCUUUAAGUAGUGAGUCAACAUGAGAUAAACAUUUCCAUCGAACCCCGAUCAUCCUAAUUUAUACUUCUCUACUUUACCGCUUUUGUCCCCUGUUCAUUUUUAUCCUGAGCCCAAACCAAACCCAAGCAGUUACAUGAGACGUUUGUUUUUUAAUACAGGCUUCUUCAAGUUCAAACAUUUCAAACUCUAACAUACAAACAGGGGUCUCUCUCUCUCUCUCUCUCUCUCUCUCUCUCUCUCUCUCUCUCUCUCUCUCUCUCUCCGUCUGUCUCUCUUCCCCCCAUCUGAUGCUGUUCUGUUAUGGCUGUAGGCAUUAGGUUUAAAAGGCCUUAAAUUAAAGGAUUUCAUUUAUUUAUGGCAUGUUCCUGGGGAUAAAUGUGUGUAAAAGAUAUAUUGCAUAUUGGACCAAUAGAAUAUCAAAAUAGAGCCUCCCCUUUCAUACAUUGAGAAAUCAUGAGGUUAAUAGUAUGACAGAAAGCUAGUAUUUUCUGUUCGAUGAAUCAAUAGCAGUGUGUUUGUGUAUAAAUAAAUCAUGAAAUGCACAAAGUAUUUGACUUUAACGUCUAAUGAAACUGCUGAAGAGACACAUUUCUAUAUAAAAUUACAGAACUCUAAUUUUUACAUUCAGUUUACCGAUGCGUUUCCACUGGUUCUCAAUUAUGUCAUUUUGUUGCACCUAUUCUUCCUCACUGUUAUAUCUUUCUUCUGGCAGCACAGUUGGCCCCACCUACUGCUUAUCUCCACAGACCAACAGUUUGUGGAUUAAGAACCAUAACAAGUAGAUGUAUUCAAAGAAAAUACAUUAUUUGCCGAUUUUAAGGACAUUUGGAAAUGUUGAUACAUAAUAAUGGAAGCCUGACCAUUGUCUAACAACACAUUAUAGUACGUCAAACUAAGUCAAGACACUAGUUGUAUUUGAUUGGGUGCUGUAACAGCGAGUACUGUAAGUUCCUUCCUAUAAAUCAUUCGGACGCUUCUAGUCACAUGACCUUGCUUUAUUUCCCCCAAAAACGUGCUCCUUAUUUUUUAUACGUUUCUAUGUUACUUGUUUGCAACCCACCAAUGACACUUUGAAAUAUUUCUCAUCGGCCUGUCCUUUACAUUUGACUGAUUCCUUUUGUAUUUGCCUUUUUGUUUGCUUUUCUGUUUGUUCGUUACUGUAAUGAUGAGUCUGCCGCACUGGAGUCAGAACACUGAAAUAGGAAGUCUUUGUCCGUCCUCCCAUCACGCGCUUUCACAUCUGCCGGUUCUCACAUCUCCUUUAACGCAAGUGAGACUGUUAGAGGUGUUUGUUACCAUGCUGAUUUCUGGGAGAUCUUCAGGUACACCUGUGUUAUUCUAUUAUUUAUUAAACAAAACAAAAUGGCUACUUUCUAGAGUAAUGUCUUGUGUGUCUUACUAUCAUACAACCUGAAUGAAAAGCUUUAACUCUAAAUCUUUUGUAUUGAACCACAUUAAGAUAAUAUCAGUUCUUGUCCUCAACAAGUAGAGAUAUGUGGCCGUUAGAAAUAGUUUAGAUAAGGGGUGUCAAACUCAAUUUCAUCACGGGCCACAUUCGCAUUAUGGUUGCACUCAAAGUGCUGGUUGUAACUUUAA